UUUGCGUCCACACUAAAUGCCUGUCAAAAAUCUUUCGCGAAAUUGAACGCCAAAUUAAUUUUCUCACAAAUAGAAAUUGCUUUUUCGCUGAAAGUAACCGCUUAAAAACUGGACUAAGCCCUAGUUAACCCAUUUGGGGUCUUGGACCAAGGUGUUAAGUGGUUUUCAGCAGCGGCAAGGAGCAGCGAGGCGGCGAAUCUGAGAGUUCAGCCGGCAGACGCUUUUUUGUUGGGCGAAAAUUGCAGACGUGAGCGCCCGAAAUGUCCAACGUGGAGAUCUACGACUCCUCCAAUUCCCAGCUCAGCAGCGACGAGUACAGCCACGAGGAGGGGGAGUACGAUGCACUGAUGGACGCGGCGGUCAGCAAGGAGCGCCCGCCGAAGACCAAGACCAAUGCCAGCGGCUCGGAGAAGCCGGGAAAUGCAGCACCCGAGUCGGCGCCUUCAUCUGACAAGGAUGGUAAACCAGAGACCAAGGCGGUACCGCCUUCCACACGCGCCGAAACCCUUCGCCGGAUCCGGCAAUUGCAGCUACAGCGUCGCCGGCCCAAUCUUUACUUCAAGCGCCGCAGCAUGCGCUGGCUGCGCCCCAACAAACUGGAGUACAACACCUAUUUGGAGGGCCUAAAGGAUCUGCUGCCCAGGCGCAAAUCGGAGCUCCAAGCUCGCCUCAAUGCCAGAAGGCGGCGGAACUACGACAGCAGGAGCCCCAGUCGUAGUCGCAGCCGCAGUCGUAGUCGUAGUCGCAGCCGUAGUCGCAGCCGUAGUCGCAGCUACUCGCGUAGUCGUAGCGCCAGCCGUUCGCCGGAACUCAUUUGUCUGGAUGACACGGAGAACGAAGAAUCCCCAGAGAAACCCGAUUUAGAUCAGCAGGCCAGUGUAACGCCUGUCAAGGAAAAUAAGCCUAAAUUUGUGGCCCCUCCUCAAAUCAACUACGAAUUGUCGGAGAAUCAGAAAACUGAUCCGCCGCCAAACAACGAAAACGGUGCUUUCAUCCUCGACGAGUUCUUGAUACAGAAGAACCCUCAGCAGCCGGGCUUUGACUUCGACAAGCUGUCAGCGACCAUGGAGUUGGAGCAGGCUCUAAACGAUCAGACCCUGGUGCAACAGGAGGUAGAAGUGGAAGUGGCUGAAUCCCUGGUAGUGGAAUCCACCCUCAAGAGACGCCGCUCGGUGACACCGCCUGCAAACAGCCAGAAGUGCACUAAUCUAGAUGACGAUGAUGAUACGAUUGAGUUUAUGCAGGUGCAACAGAACAAAUCGGUGAACACAACAAUACCCCUUGACCUCCAAAUGGCCAGCACCCCAGUUGCAAAUCCUCUGCAGGGUCAGCCUUCGUUCAAGCUCAGCACUCCGUAUACCCUGGCUCCCCCGGCCAACAAGGCGGCAGACAACCUGACGCCGGUCUCCUACAGCUUAAAUACUCCUACACCGCCGGCUACGCCCAUGGAGAUAUCCUAUCCCAACGAAAAGCUGCCAAACAACACAAAGGUCAACACGCAGAACUAUUCGAUUCAGCAGGCAGCUUCACCCCAAGUGGCUGCUUUGUAUGCUGCCCUUCCACAAGUGGCUGCUGUCGCCAAGAAACCUAAUUUUCAGGCUGCUCCACUAAUGGCCGUUCCGCUGGAAAAGCCUCUGACUCCUUUGCAGCAAAUGGAUCUACUAAGAUCAGCGGCACUUCAGCAGAUGCCUCCACCGCAGCAGGUCGCUUCACCGAGAUUUGACCUGCCACAGCAGCAAGCUCUACCAAGAUCAGUUCCGCCACAUCAGCCAGCACCGCCACAACAACCAGAUCCGCCACAGCAGCAAGCUCCACCAAGAUCAGCAACUCCAACACAGCAGUUGGCUCCACCGCAGCAGUUCCCUCAAAUGCCGGUCCAAGUGCAACUCCAAUUGCCCACUCCAGCUGCUCCGCCCAGCUUUGUGGUUCCCCAGCAGCCGCAACCACGUCGCUCGGAGACGGUGUCCACCCAGACGCAGGGGUCGCAAUCCCCUCAGCCGUCUUCAUCGACAACCCGCCAAAAGCCCGCUAUUGAUCUCAACAACAGUGACGCCACCUUCCAUUACCGCGUCAAGGAACUAUUUGACGAAAUAGACUCCAUCAUGACGGAUAAGGUUAAAUCGGUCCGUCCAGAUCAGAAUUCCCUGAGCGUUGAGCGGGAGCGCAUUGAUGCGGAUCUGAAAACAAUAGACAACCUAAUAGCCCAAAAGGAGGAGGAAUACAAUCGACUGCUGCAUCUUCGUUGUGUGAAGGAGGAGCUGCGCUCGCGAUUAGAGCGGAAGGAGCGCAUGACGGUCAUCAAGGACCUGCUGCCGCUUCUGCUCACUAAAAGCUGCAGCACUGACGAGCUGCGCGAAAUGCAGGCGAUGCUCGAUGAAGAGCAGCAAUCGCCAAUGACCUCCAAACGAGGCCUGUCGGCGGUGGAGCAAUGUCUGAAUUACGCGGAGCUCAACCAGAAUAACAUUCGUGUGCUGCGCGGAGUCAUGGGCUUGAAGGAACCAGCUCCACCCGUAUCUCUUCGCUAUUUCGAGGACGAACGAAAGCACUACAGAAGAAGUUCUUUAUCUAUGCGCGAUCCCCGGGAGACAUCAAGUGCAAAUGCUCCGCUGGCUAAGCGGCCAAGGUUAUUGCACCCACAAGACAGAUAUCAUCAGGAGAUGACCAACUCCUCGCCUAAUUUGGCCACCACAUCCUCCUCCUUCUACCACGAGGCUCCGGGAAAACCUUCCCCUUACAGUAACAUCUCAAUGGACAAUCAUUUUGACAUUGAAUCACAGCUCAAACCGCUGUUCAACAGCAGUCCAAUGGCCUCGCAGCGCCAGCUAGGCAAUAGACAGUACCAAGAAUCACAUUCCGCUUACCGUAACGACGAAGAAAUGGCCGAAAUCCUGUCCAAGUCAGACAAGCUUGGCCUCAAGAACAACCAAAAGUCUAAUCGUGAUUUAUCCGCUCCCAUUAAUGGCAAAGAGGUGAAGCGCUGCCACGAGUGCAAGCGACAAGAGGCCACCUACAUGUGCUCCAGUUGCAAAAAACAAUGGUACUGCAGUCGCGAAUGCCAGCUUCGCUCCUGGGACUCACAUUAUCGAACUUGUGGCCUCGAUGUGGUUCGCCCUUAGGAUAUCAGCAUUAAUAUGUCUAUAAACUAUAACUAUACCUAUAGCGUAUCGCAUCUAUUCACUCAACGGCGUAAGUCUUUGACAAAUACAGGACAUUGACCGACAAUUUUAAAUUGCAUUUCAUUCAAUUAAUUUUUGUAUUUGUACUCAAUCACGCUCAUCCUAUGAAUAAAUCAAAUACUUAAUGAUAACUCGGAACAACAAUUUGUUAGUUUGCAUAGUUGAAAGACUUAUAAUGUGUCUCUUAAAUAUGUAUGUAACUAAUAUUCAGUGCAGGUUAACUUCCGAAAUUUUUAUUUUUUAAAGAUCCAUUUUGUUUAAAAUACAAACGUUACACAUCUAGAAAAUUUCUUUUGAAUGCAAUGUACUGUACAAAAAUGAAUGCUCUAUAAAAGUUAAAAAUAUUCUAAGCUGUGAAAGCUGAUAAAUUGGAUUUUGAAUUUGUAUAAGAGAGCAUUUAAAUUAUUUUACCAAGUUUGAUUGAUUUUCCUCUUUGGAAAUACAUUUCUAAAUACCAUGUUCAUAAAUUUUACUUGUAUUUAUUUUCUGUUGCCCUAACUAAAUUUUCAUGCUGUUGGUAAAAUAAACAAUAUGUUUACAUUUAUUUUAA